ACUCGAGCUCGCUCCAUAUCUCUAUAUCAAGGACGGUUCUGCCUUGUUUCUUUAUCAUUAAAAAAUAGCAACUUGUCUUUCUGUCUAGCUCUUACUAAUUCAUAAAUAACAGAAUGUCUCUUUAUCCUUCACUAGAGGAUAUGACCGUUUCCAAGAUGGCUGGGGCUCAAGCUGCAGCAACUCAUCAUGCUCCACAGCGUCCUGCCAUCUCAAGUCAGCCAGCAGCUCCUACACCAGGCGGUGGUGGUGGGCUUUACCCUAGCCUUGAUGAUUAUAUGGGUCUUGAUCUACAGAAAUAUUCUCCUCCUGCCCAAGCUCAAGCUGUUGUUGCCAUUGCUUCAACUACAGCUGUCUCUACAACAGCAUCUGGACCAGUAAGUGGAGUAGCUAAUGUUGGAGUCAGGAGAGCACAGAUCAAACAAGGUGUCCGUGAAGUUGUCUUAUGCAAAGAUGCCAAAGGAAAGUGUGGCAUCUCCUUCCACUCACAGAGCAAAGGAGUUUUUAUAUGCUACGUGCAGAAAGACUCAGCAGCUGCCAUGGCUGGGCUGAGGUUUGGUGAUCAGAUCCUACAGAUUAACGGUGAAGUCAUUGCUGGCUAUUCAGAGGACAAGGUCAAUAAACUAGUCAAGAAAGCAUCAGCCACCAACAUAAAAUUUGCCGUUCGUGACAGGCCAUUUGAGCGUACUAUCACAAUGCAAAAGGACAGUACUAAUCAUGUUGGGUUUUCCUUUAAGGACGGUGAGGUAGUAGCAAUUGUCAAGGACUCAUCUGCUGCUCGUAAUGGCCUCCUUACUGAUCAUUUCCUCACUGAGGUUAAUGGACAGAAUGUCAUUGGACUAAAGGAUAAAGCCAUUGGUGACAUAUUCCGUGAAAGUCCACGUACCAUAACCAUAACUAUCAUGCCCAAGUUUGUGUAUGAUCACAUGAUAAAGAAUAUGGGAUCUAAGAUGAAGAAGAUGAUGGAUCACUCUAUCCCUGACGUCUAAGCGACAUGCCUUUUCAUACAAGAUACUCUGUUGACUUUUGAUUUAUGUACUUCUCUCUCUGUGUAAUCUGUGUAAUGCUUCAAAUUGUUAGAUCUCGCACACUUUUAAAACGUCUCAUUCACUAACCUUGUUCACAUUACAUAAUUAUUAUUAUACUCUAAAUAUUUGUUGCUUGUUUAUAGUAUCAUAAAUUAUAA